CAAACAAAAUAUCAAAACGGAACCAAAACAAAACGAAAAUCGAAAUAUUCAAAACUUCUCUAAAAUUUUAUAAUAAAGAAAAACAGUGAGAAAACUGAAAAAGAGUUGAAAAGAGCAGAACUUAUACUAUUAUCUUUUUUUAGCUGUCUAUAUUAAAUCCCAAUAAUAUCACACACAUUUGUAAUAGCUACGCAAAAAAUAACCUUAGACUGGCGAAAGCAAAACAUCAUUCUAAAUUUAAUUAUGUACUAAUAGAAACUUUAAUAUAACUAAAAAUGGCAUGCAGUAAAGAAGAAAUCGAGAGGAAACGUUUAGCAGCCCUUCAAAAGCGGCAAAGCAAGUUAUUAAAUGAAAACAUAACACUUAAAAGUCCAAUUAACCAAUUACGAAAACCAUCAGAAUGGAUGUCUACCACCCAAAGUUUUAACAUAGGACCUGUAAAAUCAAAUAUAGGUACCCCCAAUGCGUUCCAUCCUUAUGCUAAAGCUGGAAACAGUAAAGUUGAGAGUACAGUUCCUGUGAGUAAGGUUGUCAGUGGGACAGUAUAUUUAAUUUCGGAGCAGAGAUUUGAAGUGAAUCCAUCGGAGUUCUGCACUCCACUGAUUAAUAUUUUCAAGAGUUUACCGUCAAGGAGUUAUGAUUCAAAAACAAAGUUAUGGAAUUUCUCAAUAAAUGAUUAUCAAGAGUUUAUUACUAAAGUUGGACCCCUUGCACCUCAUAUAGUUCUUGGGCCAUUACCUCCAUAUGUUUUAAAGAUUCUCAAUGAUAAUGUAACAGACCCCAAUACUGUAGACCUGUCACCUAUUGAGAAGACUCUUAGAAACAAAUUGAUGCCUUUUCAGGAGGAAGGGGUUAGAUUUGGUAUAGCGCGGCGUGGGCGCUGCAUGAUCGCGGACGACAUGGGGCUCGGCAAGACGUUCCAGGCGCUGGCCAUCGCCUCGUACUACGCGCACGACUGGCCCAUGCUCAUCGUCACCACCUCCUCCUUGAGAGAGACCUGGCAAAGUAAGAUCCGUGAGCUGUUGCCGUCGGUGCCCUCCAUGAAUGUGGUCACUCUCACCACCAGCAAAGACAGUCCACUGGUGGCUGAUAAACAGACCCAGGUGGUGAUAGUCAGUUACAAAAUCACCAGCAUGCACACCGACUUACUCAAGAGCAAGAAGUUUGGCGUUCUUAUUAUUGACGAGUCCCACUACCUCAAGUCGCACCGCGCGCAGUGCACCACGGCGCUGGUGGGCAUCGCGCGGCAGUGUGCGCGUGUCGUGCUGCUGAGCGGCACGCCGGCACUCAGCCGCCCGGCCGAGCUGUACACGCAGCUGGCGCUCAUCGAGCCGCGCCUCUUCGCCUCCUUCACGGACUACGGUAAAAGAUACUGCGCCGGUAAGCAGACUCACUUCGGCUGGGAUAUGACAGGCCAGUCCAAUCUCGCGGAGCUGCAAGUCAUACUGCAGAAGAGGUUCCUCAUCCGACGGACUAAGGAGCAGGUGCUCACCACACUGGAGGAAAAGACCAGGGAGUCGGUGCUGCUGGACCAGUCUCUGCUGCAGUUCUCCAAGGACGAGCAGCAAGGGCUGUCGCAGAUGGCGGCGCAGUACGCGAGCAGCAAGUCGGCGGAAAGGCACGCCGCGCUCAUCACCUUCUUCAGCGAGAGCGCCACCGUUAAGAUACCCGCCAUUUGCAAAUUCAUCAAGCAGCAGCUGAAGGAGGGCAGCCACAAGUUCCUGAUCUUCGCCCACCACCGCAACAUGAUCGACGCGAUCUGCUGCACGCUGGACGAGGCGGCCACCUACUACAUCUGCAUCGUGGGCUCCACACCGCCUCGGAUCAGAGCCGAGCAAGUGGAGAAGUUCCAGAGCUCAGCCAGCUGUCGCUGCGCAGUGCUGUCCAUCACGGCCGCCAACGCGGGGCUCACGCUGACUGCGGCGGACGAGGUUCUGUUCGCCGAGCUGCACUGGAACCCUGGGAUCCUGACGCAGGCGGAGUCGCGCGCGCACCGGCUCGGGCGCGCGGGCGGCGUGCGCGUGCGCUACCUGCUGGCGAGCGGCACGGCCGACGACUUCAUGUGGCCCAUGCUGCAGGACAAGCUCAACGUUCUGAACAACGUCGGCCUGAGCGGCGAUACGUUUGAAGACACCACAAUGAAGCAUCAGGAGAGCCAAAACACAAUAACACAGUAUCUAUCGCCUAAAUGUAGCAAAAACAAAAACGAUUAUAUCCCUGGAACAAAUAUUCGCAAAGCGCAAUCGACGUCCAAUCAAACUAUUGGCCAAUGCGAUCCAAACAUUGGAUAUAGCCCACAAACUAAAGGCCAGUGCUCCGCAAAUGCAUCAAAUAUUGGCCAAUGUGAACCAAACAUUGGAUACAGUCCUCAUAAAAAUGCCCAAUGUUCCUCCAAUGCAUCAAAUAUUGGCCAGUGUGAAUCAAACUAUGCGAAACACGACAAAACAAACAUUGGAACAAAUGGUCAAAUAUUUGAAGACUUGGACAAAUCAUUCCAAUUUUACGAUGACGAUGACGAUCUUUUAGCUAAUUUGGAUUUAUGAUUUGAGUUUAUUGAUUUUGUUGAAUUAUUUAUUAUUAAUUUUGUAUUGCUCGUUUUGGAAAUUAGAAUUUGAUUGUAAACAAUAGUUUUAAGUUAAUUUCUUGUAAAUAUAAAAUAUUAUUUA